AUGAAUGAGACUAAUGGCGAGGCUAACCCUAUCCAAAGAUCUAAAACUAAACAAAACACAGGCCACGCACAUUGUGAAGUCUGUUAUGCUCCACUUAAAAAGAGCCCCGCCAAAAUGCAAUGCUCCACUUGCAAUCGCAAUUUCUGCAAGUAUCAUCUCCGAAAAAAUAAAGAUUCCACAGACAAUAUUUGUGUAGAUUGCUUCAAAAUUCAGAUAAAAACAGAAACCAUGUCUGAGUUAGAACGAGAAUUAAAUGCCUACAGAGACGAUAUUUCAGAAAAUAAUACUGAAAAAUCAAAAAUCAAAGAAGACUUAAAAAUCAAAACAAAAAUCAUACAAAAAUGGUCUGAAUCUAUCAAAGAUAACGAAAAUCAACAUAUGAAAAGAAUCGCACAGCUUGAGCAAAAAUAAACAUUACAUAACAUUAGAUUAAUAACGCUUAACAUCCCUUACGGAGUUGACCGUUCCCAGGUCUAUCGCUAGCCUUCGUCGCGUCGGGCCCACAGGCCGCUGGGUCGACCCGCUUUGCUUCACCAACAACGCUCCUAAGGCAAGUGUUGCCGGCUUCGACGGCUCAUGGAUGAGCUACUUGCUUGUGGACAUGGGUUGCCUUUCCGAAAAUCCAAAACUGGAUUUUCUGGUCGGCUCUCGGUAAAAAGGAAAAACACGUAACGCCCAGUUCACGCUAGGGAGUUGGAGAUUGGCCCUAAGGACUUUGUUGGGCUUCCCCUUUCCAACUUCCGUGCCCUCCUUCUCCCACGAGGAAAAAACCACCCUGAAAAGAGACUUGGGCUAGGCUCUGUAAAAAGCCAGAAUUGCUUAUAGAAAUUUCCCAUAGAUGGCGCUGUUUGCCUUUGAUUUGCCCACUGGGGAAAAUUUUUGGUUCGACCAGUACCAUAUGGUUUGGUCAUACCAAAAAAUUUUUCUCAUGGGCAAAUCAAGGGCAAACAGCCCAUCUAUGGGAAAUUUCUAUACCUAGCAUUGCUGUCCAUUUCUGAACGGCAAAACCUUGCUGGAUAUAAUUAAAAUAUGAGUCGAGGCUACAUGGCUGAGAGGCCAUGCCCAGACGAAGACGCCAUAUUUUAAUUAUGAGAAAAAAAUAAACCAAGAAACACAGAUUAACUGUUAUGCCUGUAGCGAAAUUGACAGCUUAGAAGCCACUUUAAAAAAUUCGAAAUUGGCUGAAGAAAUGUGAAAGAAAAAAUUAUCAACAUUUCAAGAAGAAAUUAGUGAAAAAAGCCAAAUAGUCGACAAUGAGAAGGAAAACCAAGAUAAAUUGUCUGAUGAAAUUAAUGAAUUGAACCAGCAAAUAAAAUCGUAUAUUCCGUAUGGAAGAUUGAGGUCGGUCACUUGUAACGAUUGUGCGAAGAAAAUUAAAAGAACCUUUAGGGACGAAAUUAUAAGUGGGCUGAGGGCAGAAGGAAGAGACAGUUUGAUUGAAAGCGUGAUGGCAGCCAAAGCCAGUAUCCAAGCCUAUGCACCACCAAAUGAAGCCUCAUCUGAGAAGAAAUGAAAUCCAGAAGAGCCUAGAGAAGCAUGCCAUUGUAUAAUCACAUAA